AUGGAGCCGAGGCGGAUCUCGGCGAGCCCGCGCCCGUGCAGCGGGCGGCGGGUGGUGGCGGCCAGGAAGAGGCCGAGGCAGGAGGCCGUAGUGAGCAGCGUGCGUAAGCUGCAGCGCCGGGAGAUCAGCUCCCGCCGCGACCGCUCCUUCGCCUUGAGCGCCGCGCAGGAGCGCUUCCGCAACAUACAGCUGCAGGAAGAGUUUGAUACUCAUGAUCCAAAGGAGAACACUUUGCUACUCCCUUACUUGAGGAAAAGGUCAAAAAUCAUUGAGAUAGUUGCAGCGCGUGAUAUAGUCUUUGCUUUAUCACAGUCAGGAGUAUGUGCUGCUUUUAGUAGAGAGACAAAUCAGAGAAUAUGCUUUCUGAAUGGAAGUCCAGAUGAAGUUAUCCGCAGUUUAUUUUACAACAAGAAUAAUGAUUCACUCAUUACUGUGUCAGUAUAUGGUUCUGAAAAUUUCAGUGCUCUGCGAUGCAGAACAACUCGAAUAGAGUACAUUCGGCGAGGACAACCAGAUGCUGGUUUCCCUCUUUUCGAGUCUGAGUCAUUGAAAUGGCCUGGAUUUGUAGAGUUUGAUGAUGUCAAUGGGAAGGUUUUGACUUAUUCUGCUCAAGACAGCACUUACAAGGUGUUUGAUUUGAAAAACUACACGCUACUGUAUUCGGUGUCUGAUAAGAAUGUUCAAGAAAUAAAGAUCAGCCCUGGGAUAAUGCUAUUGAUUUAUACAAGAACAAGCAGCUCGGUUCCUCUGAAGAUUCUUUCCAUUGAGGAUGGUACAGUCUUGAAGUCCUUCAGCCACCUUCUCCAUCGUAACAAGAAGGUAGAUUUCAUUGAACAGUUCAAUGAAAAGCUUCUGGUCAAGCAGGAAGGAGAGAAUCUUCAAAUUCUGGAUGUAAGGAACUUCCAGUUGACAGAAGUGAGCAGAACUGAGUUUAUGACUCCAUCUGCCUUUAUCUUUCUGUAUGAGCUGCAACUGUUCCUGACAUUCAGGAAUCGAUCAGUAGCAGUUUGGAACUUUCGAGGUGAACUGGUCACAUCAUUUGAAGAUCACCUGUUGUGGCACACUGACUGCAACACAAACAACAUAUACAUUACAAGUGAUCAAGAUCUUAUUAUUUCAUACUGCAAGGCUGACUCAACUGAUUCAUCUUCAGAAGAAAAUGCUGGCUCUAUAAACAUCAGCAGCAUACUGACUGGCAAAUGCUUGGCCAAAAUAAAUCCUGGAAAUUCAUGCAAGCAAAAGAAAGCAUGGAGGUUCCAGAAUACGGUCUCGGAGGCCCUUGAGGACAUCACAGCUCUGUACUAUGACGAAGAUCGUGAUGAGAUCUACACUGGCAACCGGCAUGGCCUUGUCCAUGUGUGGUCGAACUGA